AAGCGAUGGAUAUAUAUUCCUUUUUUAUAGCACCCUAAAGCACUAAGGGCCAGUUCACACUACAAAAACGCACUCCAGAUGCAUUCCGGAUACAUUUUUGCUUACAGUUCAAACCACCCUCUGUUCUGGUGCAGGUUUGAUGCAGUUUUCCAUGUUCCAGUACAGUUCUGUGCAGAAAAAAUGCAGCAUGUUCUACUUUUUUUCUGCAUCAGAAACUAGAACUGACUGCACUGGUAUGAACUGGAAUUGGAAUACAUGGAGAACACGGUGCAUGCAUUUUUGAUGCAGAAAAAAAUGCACUUGAUGGCAU